UGGUAUUGAUGCAGCCUGUGGCUGUAUCCCAUAAUUCACUUCAAAGCUUGAUCUGAAUAAAUUCCCGCGCAGAUGAUGAUUAUGCUCAACGAUAAGUCGUGUUCAUGCAGUUCAAGUGAAUUAUUAGUAGACUUUGUGUAGCGUUUAUGUGCACUCACAAGAUGGCAGGAGCGCAGAUGGCAUCCUAUCACUGAGCGUUUCCAAGGAGAUGAUCUGCCUCCCAAGGGCAAUGUCGUCAAGUCUCCAUCAGGAGUUGGGAGUGGCCGCUGUCUUUGUAAUAGAGGAGUGGGGAAGCCCUCGGCUGAGCUGUGGAAGAGAGGAGAGGGAAGAGGACCACUGUUCACACCCUGAGAUGCUCUGCAGGCUGGAGGAGGAAGAGGAAAUGUCUCUUUUGGAGCUUCAGCAGAGGGUGGACUGUAUCAUCACCCAUGUUGAUGAGAUUAUGCAGCAGGAGAUCCGGCCAUUACUGGCUGUUGACAUAAUUGAACAACUUCACAGGCAGUUUGCUCUUCUAUCAGGAGGUCGAGGAAAAGAUGGAUCACCUAUCAUCACCUUCCCAGAGUUCUCAAGCUUUAACGAAGUGUCAGACGAGGACUUUGUUAACGUCGUCACAUACCUGACCAGCAUACCAAGCAUGGAUGCAGCUAGCAUUGGUUUUGUCAUAAUCCUGGACCGCCGGAAAGACAAGUGGAAUUCAGCAAUAGCUUCUCUGACUCGAAUAGCGAGGUCCUUCCCAGGAAACCUGCAGCUCGUGUUGGUUCUGAAACCAUCGCGUUUCUUCCAGAGGACCUUCGCUGACUUCAGUUUACGGUUACAUCGAGAUGAUUUUAAAUUAAAGGUACCGAUUGUUAUGCUAAAUUCCCUGUCAGACUUGCAUGGCUACAUUGACAAAGGCCAGCUGACCUGUGAUCUGGGGGGAUCUCUGGACUAUUGCCACAGUCAAUGGAUUCAUCAUCGCACAGCGGUUGAGAAUUUCGCAUUAACGGUGAAGAACACAGCACAGAUGCUGCAGCAGUUUGGAAGUGACCUGGCAGAAACUGAACUUCCCAACGAUGUGCAGUGCACCAAAGAUUUACUCGUCACACACACCCAAAAACACGAUAAACUCAAGGAUGAACUUCAAUUGGCUGUAAAACAAGGACAUACUCUGCUAUCUUGUAUCAAAGACCAAGCCAAUAAAACUGAGAACCAUGUACUAAACCCAGAUGAGAUAGAGAAUCAAACAACCGUUGAGAGGUUGUUAGCACAGCUCGAUGAGACCGAGAAUGCAUUUGAACAGUUCUGGUCGAAGCAUCACUUGAAGUUAGAACAGUGCUUACAGCUACGUCACUUUGAGCAGGACUUCAAGGAGGUGAAGGUUUCUCUGGACAGUCUGAUGGAGGCCUUACUGGGCCUGUCUGACAGUGCGGACUGCGUGCCUCGAUUUGAAAACCUACUAGGAGAUCUGAAAACCCUGGAGGACAAAGCUCAGGAGUGCUUAGAAAAAGCUCAGCUUCACGCCCAGCAUGGCGACCAGCUAAUCCAAAGCAACCACUAUGCCGUGGACUCCAUCCGUCCCAAGUGCGUCGAACUCCGGCGGAUCUGCGACGACUUCAGCAAUGAGGCCAAAAAGAAGCGGGACAUUUUGACCAAAUCGUUUGAAAUCCAUAAACGAAUCGACGAGGUGAACCUCUGGUGUGAGACUGGGAUGUAUCUGCUGGCCUCUCAGCCUGUUGACAGGUGUCAAACACAGGAAGGUGCAGAAGCAGCGCUGCGGGACAUCGAGAGGUACCGGGAAACAGCAAAAGAGCAGCGACUGAGUCACCUUAAAGACCUCAGCAAUCAAUACGAAAUUAUUCUGUCAGAUCUGGUCAAGAACAAAGUCCAAAAAGCUCUGAAAACAUUAGAUGACGUUCAAGAGAUGUUUGAGAAACGACAUGCAAGUCUGAAGAAGAUGUCUGCUAAACAAACAAGGCCAGUGCAACCUGUUGCACCCCGACCAGAGUCUUCACCAAAACGUCAUUUACACAGAACACCACAAGCCACCGGCCCUGCAUCGAAUCGCAAAGGUACAGAUAACUCCAGCACCAAUAAGCAAAGCAGUGAUGCAGAACUGGCAAAACGGAAAAAUAUCCGCAAAGCCAAAGGUGGCAUCAAGAUUGAGGUCAUGCAUGAAGAAAGUCAGGGAGGUUCAAGUCAUGUUCUACUGAAUAAUGAAACAGAAGAGACCCUUUCAAACAGACGCAGUCACAUAAUGAAUGAACUGAUUGAGACGGAGAGACUGUACGUGGAAGAGCUACAGAGCAUCAUAGAGGGUUAUGCUGCAUCCCUGGAUGACCCUGAACUCAUCUAUCUGAUCCCACCAUCUUUAGAACACAAAAAGGAGGUCCUCUUUGGCAAUCUACACGAAAUCUACGAGUUUCACCACAAGACGUUCCUGAAAGAGCUGGAAAACUGUGCGGAAAAUCCACAGUUGGUGGGGACAUGUUUUUUAAAGAGGAAGGAAGAGUUGCAGAUCUAUGAGAAGUAUUGUCAAAACAAGCCCCGUUCUGAAGCAUUGUGGCGGCAAUGUGGGGACAGUAUGUUUUUCCAGGAAUGUCAGAAAAGAUUGGACCACAAGCUCUCUUUAGAUGCGUACCUUCUGAAACCUGUCCAGAGAAUCACCAAGUACCAACUGAUGCUAAAGGAGAUGCUGAAGUGCAGUAAGAACUCGGAGGGCACAGCUGAGCUGGAGGAAGCUUUGGCUACAAUGCUAGAUAUCAUUAAAUCGGUCAACGACUCCAUGCAUCAGAUUGCCAUCACUGGUUUUGAGGGCAAUCUGAAUGAUUUGGGCAAACUACUGAUGCAAGGGUCCUUCAACGUUUGGACGGACCACAAGAAAGGUCACAGCAAAGUGAAGGACCUGGCCCGGUUUAAACCCAUGCAAAGACAUCUCUUUCUAUACAACAAAAUGAUUUUGUUUUGCAAGAAACGUGAGGAGACAUCUGAUGGGCAUGAAAAAAACCCUUCCUACAGCUUCAAGCACUCUUUAAAGAUGAGUUCAGUGGGAAUCACAGAAAAUGUAAAGGGAGACAUCAAAAAAUUUGAAAUCUGGUACAACGGCAGGGAGGAAGUUUACAUUAUCCAGGCCGCUUCAAUGGAUGUAAAGAACACAUGGGUUUCGGAAAUCCGUAAAGUCCUGACGAGCCAGCUGCAAGCUUGCCGAGAAGCCAGUCAGCUCCAUCAGAAGAUUACCGAGAACAAUUACCACGCUCCCAUGAGAAACAUGCGUAAAAUGGCCCUUCGGCAGUCCGACUCGUCCAGUCCUGAAACGGGAUACAGGCGCGGUGACACAGGACCCAACAUGCGCCAGAAACGAGCCGACGCUUCAGCAAGCCUUGGCACGGAGCGCACUUCUCUCGCUAGAAAGCGCUUCACCUUACAGGGCCUGUCAAACCGCAGGUCUCUUCCCGCAGAAACCACGGCUAAGGAAACGGAGGUCACACGCCGCUUUUCUUUAGCUUCAUCUAUCAGCUCCGCCUCUGUUCCUCGCACUAAAGCUCCUCUCUCAUCCAGCCUUAAAAGCAAAAGACACCAAAUCAAGAGUGACCCCACACCGUUUGGCUAUGAAGAAACCAUCCGCGGUGCGCUUCCCGUCGAGAACAAAACUAAAGGUACCGCUGGUACCAAGCCCCCUGUGCCGAGGUCUGCUUCUCAACCAGGAUGGAGUCAACGGCGUCUGCCCUCAAUGGAUGCCGAGGAUUUUGAGACCAUUCCAUCCAGUGCUGAAGAGCUUUCCAUUUCGUCAGACGGAGAGGAUGAAGGCCACAACAAAAAUGGGGAACAUGAUCAAUAUCAGGUUCAGCUGACGUACGAGUCAGGUACCGCUCAAGAUCUGUCUGUGAACGCGGGAGAUUUAGUGCAAUUCCUAGAGGAGUCAGAGAACGGCCAUUGGCUCGUCAAGAGCCUUAGAACCCAGAAGACAGGGCUGGUGCCACCUACUGUCCUGCAGUCUACACUAGAUGGAGUAGACCUUUACACUAACUCGGAUAUUUUCAGUGACCUUUGCACUGCUGCGCUCACUGAUACGGAGGAAGACGGUGCUGGUCUGGAUCCCAUUCAGGACAGGAGAUUUGCAUGCUGAACAUGUUUUGCAUAUGCAUCCCCUUGCGCCAUGCUUAAAUACAAAGUGCAGCUCAAUAGGAAUCUACUCUAGUGAAUGAGGAGAUAAACUCUGCUGCUACGUGACCGCUCUGAUGACACUGACCAAUCAGGUCGGACCAUCUGAUGACACUGACCAAUCAGAAUGGAUUCCAUUUUUGGCCCUAUGCACAAAAUCUUUUUCCAGCUGCUGAUGUGAUAGUGACAUUCAACAGUCAUGAGUAAGAUUUUCAGCCUGUGCUGUCACUCUGCUGUGCCUUAGCAGCAAAUGCAGGGGCGUUUUAAAACUGCAAAGGACCUUUGUGAAAACAGGCUAUUAUGCAAUAUGAUAUCUUGCCGAUUGAAAACACUGAGAGAAAGAGACUCUAUAAGCCGUUGUGUCCUGCUGAAACUUCCAUAUUAUACAUGAUUGUUUUGUUGUUUUAAGCCUGUUUGCGUAUGAUACUAUUAUUGGUCAGAAACACAGCACUUUUAAAGAAUAAACAUUCUGUAUUGUAAUGUACAAUAUUUAUAUUCUUUUUUUAUACCUUGACUUGGACGUUGUACAAGCCAUCUGUAAAAGCUUCAUUCCACUUUAAUCUACUUGAUAUGUUCAUCUUGUGAUCUGGUUCUGCUUUUAUACACAAAUGUAUUUCUGAAAUGAUGAUCAUUGCAGCAUAAAUAUUCCAGCUGUACUAUAAAAGCAUCUAAUACUUUUAUAUUACAGUAUUGCUUCUUAAUGUUGCUAUUUUCUGCUUGUAAAAAAAAAGAAUUACUUUUAGUCAUAUAACAGAAACAAAUAUAGAAAUCAGAUGUACUGUAAACUUCCUGCUAUGAAAGAACAACAGUUUGACAUUGAAUGUAAAGAAAAAUGCAUUUUGUCUCAACAGUAAAUAUCAGUAUUGGCAUUUAAAUAUGACUCAUCAGGCUGUACUUAUUCAUUUCCAGUAUCAACCUGAUCUUUUAACAUUGCCGUAUUUGUUUGUAUGUAAAUAUCCAAGCACAAUCAUUUGAUGUAAAUGCUGAUGUGAUAUGCAUAUUUUACUUUUCCUCUAUGAACAAUACUACAGCAUAUGUGAAUAUGUAGUUUAAUUUACAGAUACAGUAAUUAAAUACAAUAAUUGCAAGAUUUAUGUUUGUGAAUUAACUUUUUCAGUAGAAUAUGAAACCUCAACUAACAAUCACUGAUUCAGUGAAAUAUAAAAAAGACAUUGCUAUUUAUGUAUAUGUAUACAACUUAUUUAUAUAUUAAAAUGUUAC